AUGGAUACACUACAUGAUACCUGCCAAUGGGGUCCCGGAAAGCGAUGGGGUGACCAUCCCACAGAAACGGGCAUGUCGCGACUCACGCUAUCAGACGCCGACAAGGAGGCUCGCGACUGGUUCGUCCAAACCACUAAAAGCCUCGGGUGCAAUGUUACCGUCGAUGCGAUUGGCAACAUCUUGGCCGUGCGGCCAGGAAAGCGAGAUGGUCCGGCGACUGUUGUGGGCUCGCACUUGGAUACUCAGCCCACCGGUGGGCGGUACGAUGGCAUCUUGGGCGUCCAAGCUGGUAUUGAGAUGCUCAAGGUUUUGAAAGAAAAAGAUAUCAAGACUGAGUUCCCUGUUGGUGUUGUGAACUGGACUAACGAGGAGGGCGCUCGAUUCCCGAUUAGCAUGAUGGGCUCUGGAGUAUGGGCCGAGACGAUUCCGCUCGAAGUCGCAUAUGGCCUGAAAUCCGUCACUGGCGAGAAGGUUGACCUCAAAUCAGAACUUAGACGUAUUGGCUACUUGGGCGAGACGCCGGCAAGCUAUCAAAGCAUGCCGAUCGCAGCGCAUUUCGAGCUACACAUCGAGCAGGGCCCUAUCCUAGAAGCGGAGAGGAGGAAGGUUGGCAUCGUCCAAGGAGUCCAAGCCUACAACUGGUUCACCGUCGAGAUACAAGGGCAAGACUCUCACACUGGUACGACACCAUUCGAAAAUCGUAGUGAUGCCAUGCUUCUCGCAAGCAAGUUUAUCCUGCAUUCGCACCGUGUCGCCACAAAACACUCGGCGCUUGCUUCAACAGGCAUCAUCACAGCACUGCCCGGCUCCACAAAUACCAUUCCGGGCCUCGUGAGGUUGUCGCUCGAUGUCCGAUCCCCAAACACUGAGACAGUCAAGGCAGUCGAGGAAGAAUUAAAACGCGACUUCGCUGCUCUGGCGGAAGGUAAAGACAUUGGCGGCCUUCACGCAGACUGCACCCGCGGCCGAGAUGAUUUCCAAGUUUCGUGGAGUACUGACAGCGAGACCGCCGCAACGGUCUUCCAUGAGGAUUGCAUUCGCUGUGUGAGGGAAGCCACAGUGGAUGUUUUCGGCGACAAGUCUGAAGAUCUGGUUCGAGACAUAUCCUCCGGAGCGGGGCACGACAGUGUGUAUACGAGCCGGCGGUUCCCGACAACUAUGGUAUUCGUGCCUUGUCGCGAUGGUAUUAGUCACAACCCGGUGGAAUACACGACUCCUGAGGAUUGCGUGAUUGGCUCGCAGGUAAUAUUGAAUAGUGUACUGAGAUAUGACCAGUUGAGGAAAUCAAAAAUAGUAUAG